AUGGCAAGCGCGAAUGGUGGUGCUUACAGUUACUCCCUGACCGUCUUCUCACCGAGCGGGAAGCUCGUUCAGAUCGAACACGCUCUUGCUGCGGUCGCUCAGGGUACUACUAGCCUCGGAAUCAAAGCCACGAACGGAAUCGUAAUUGCGACAGAGAAGAAGACAUCCUCCAUCCUAAUCGACGAUUCUGUGAUUGAGAAAGUUGCUGUCAUUUGCCCUAACAUCGGAAUAGUUUACUCUGGAAUGGGUCCAGAUUUCCGAGUUCUCGUCACCAAAGCACGCAAAAGCGCUCAAGCCUAUUGGAAGAUUUACGGCGAAUAUCCACCAACGCGGGUACUUACCCAAGAGAUCGCAACCGUUAUGCAGCAGGCAACUCAAUCAGGAGGCGUGAGGCCCUACGGGGUAUCGUUAUUAGUUGCUGGAUGGGACAGUCAUCGGGGACCUACCCUUUAUCAAGUUGAUCCUUCCGGUUCUUUCUGGGCAUGGAAAGCCAGCGCUAUCGGAAAGAACAUGAUCAACGCCAAAACUUUCCUGGAGAAACGAUAUAAUGAUGAUAUCAGCCUCGAGGACGCCAUACAUACAGCUCUUCUAACACUCAAGGAAGGCUUCGAAGGACAGAUGACCGAAAAGACGAUAGAGAUCGGUGUGGUAACCGUUCCGACACCUGCAGAGCUCGAAGAGGGAAAAGUCGGCGGGGAGACAGGUCGGCCAAAGCCAACAUUUAGGAAGUUGACUGAAGAAGAAGUUCGGGACUAUUUGGCGCUGUAG